UACAGGUUUACAUGUGUAUGAGUGGGCAGGAUGCGGUGUAGUGUGGUGCUCUGUGUCCUGCUUCUGAUCUUCUCUGGGAGAGGUCUGAGUCGACAGAGGAGACGACAGAAAGUAAACAAUCUAGUCGUCCAAAAUGAAGCAAGAGCUCUGAUUUGUCCGGUGGAGGUGGCCUUCCUGGUGGACAGCUCUGAGAGUACCAAGGCUCUUCUGUUUGAGAAGCAGCGCAGCUUCGUUCAGCGUUUCAGCACCUGGUUGUCUCCGCUGCACGUUCCCGGCUGGCACGUACGUCUGCGUCUGGCCGCGUUGCAGUUCAGCAGCACCGUCUCAGUGGAACACAACUUCCGUGACUGGCAGGAUGUGGAUGUCUUUCAAAGCCGUGUGGCGUCCAUGGCCCACAUUGGUCAUGGCACGUAUUUGGCCUACGGCAUCUCGAACGCCACGCAACUCUUUACUCAGGAGACGGUGGGCAGCAGUGUGCGUAUCGCCCUGUUGAUGACGAACGGAGUGGAUCACCCACGCAGCCCGAGUGCCAUCGCUGCUGCCGCAGACGCCAAAAACAACAACAUUCGAGUGUUCGUCAUUGGCCUGACGCAAGACAGGCAGAGUGAUACCAGGCUGAGGUCCAUCGCCAGCCCUCCACCACAGCAGCACGUGUUCAGCCUUGAGGAUGCUCAGCUGGACGAGAGGCUUUUCAGAGAGUUGAGCACAGUUGUUAACACAGAGUGUCCACAGCCCAAGCCCUGUCCGUGUGAUAAAGGAGAAAGGGGUCCUGCAGGAAACCCGGGUAAACCAGGAAACCCAGGACAACCUGGCCCUCCUGGUCUCAAAGGAGUCAGGGGGGAACCCGGCUUGAACGGACGACCAGGAAUAGAAGGCCGUGAGGGAAGACCAGGACUGAGAGGGGAAAAGGGUGAGAGAGGAGAGUGCGGAGCAGAAGGGCAUAAAGGAGAUCAAGGUGCAGAUGGACCCCCGGGACCUCGUGGACCUCCAGGAGAGCAGGGUCCCAUUGGUGGUCCUGGAGAUUACGGUCCAGCGGGUCCUGCUGGACCUAAAGGUGACCGAGGACCUCCUGGAGCUUCUGGUCCUCCCGGAGACCAGGGAAUUGGAUUUCCUGGUCCAAAGGGAGACAAGGGGAACCAGGGCAGACCGGGCCCUAUUGGACCUGUUGGGAUUGGAGAGCCAGGACCACCAGGAUCACCGGGACCACUAGGACUGCCAGGCAACCAAGGUUCUCCAGGCGAGGGUUUACCAGGACACAAGGGGGACAGAGGCUUUGAGGGUCCAAAAGGUGCACCUGGACCUCCAGGGUUAGGCAUCAAAGGUGAAAAGGGGGAUCCUGGAGCUCCAGGACCACAGGGACUGGUUGGAUUUCCUGGAGAUGGAAUUCAGGGAGAAAAGGGUGAACAAGGCCCAGUAGGGCCACCGGGCGCUAGAGGAGCUGCUGGUGUGGGCAUUGUAGGCCCAAAGGGGGAUCAGGGCUUCCCUGGUGCACCUGGACUUCAAGGAGAAAGAGGCAUCGGAGAACCUGGACCAAAAGGGGACCCAGGAUCAGAUGGUGCUCCGGGAAUUCCUGGCAUCCCAGGAGAAGAUGGAGCUGUGGGAUCCAAGGGUGAGAUGGGUUUACCAGGUCUGCAAGGUCCUGAUGGUGCACCAGGAAAAGGCAUUCCAGGAGAAAGGGGCGAUCAGGGUGACCGAGGGGUUCGUGGUCUUCCAGGAUCUCCAGGACCUGCAGGGCCGCCAGGGGCGAAGGGUGAACCUGGUAGUCCCGGGAUGCCGGGGAUGCCUGGGCCGCCAGGGUUUGGAUAUCCUGGUCCAAAGGGUGAGCCUGGGCCUGUGGGUCCUCAGGGCAUGGUCGGAGAGCCAGGAUUCGGACUUGCAGGGCCAAAGGGUGACAGAGGACCACCUGGACUGGUGGGACCACAAGGGGUAAAGGGAGAAGGUUACCCUGGGCCUCAGGGACUUCCUGGAUUGCCUGGAGUACCAGGAGAAAUGGGACCACAUGGAAACGGACUACCAGGACCUAAGGGGGACAGAGGCUCCCCUGGUGUUCCUGGGCCAUCUGGGCCCCCUGGAAUAGGACUUUUGGGACCAAAGGGUGCGACCGGUCAACCAGGCCCUCCUGGGCCUCCAGGUCCACCUGGUGAGGGCAUUCAGGGCCCAAAGGGAGAGCCAGGCUUCCAGGGACCACCAGGCCCCAGAGGUCUCACAGGAGAAGGCAUUGCAGGAGAGAAGGGGGACAGAGGUCUGCCUGGUGAGCGCGGCAGAAAAGGAGACAGUGGAGAUUUCGGAGCACCUGGGAGAACAGGAGCAGUGGGAAAACCUGGUGAGAAAGGAGAUCCUGGCCUCUCGAGAGAAGAAGUGAUCCAAAUAAUCAGGGAAAUGUGUGGUUGUGGUCGGAGGUGCAGCGAGAGACCCCUGGAGCUCGUUUUCAUAAUCGACAGCUCCGAGAGCGUCGGUCCCGAGAACUUUGAGCUUACGAAGGACUUUGUGAACGCUCUGAUGGACCGUGUGGCAGUGAGCCGCGAGGCUACACGUGUGGGAGUUGUGUCGUACAGUCACGUCGACAUGGUGGUGGUCAGCCUUCAGCAGCUGACCGACCGCACCAGCAUUAAAGCCGCUGUACGUCAGAUGCCCUAUCUGGGGGAGGGUACUUUUACGGGACGUGCUAUCCGCAGUGCCACGCGGUUGUUCCAGGCCUCGCGCCAUGGUGUGAGGAAGGUGGCUCUGUUGCUGACGGACGGACAAGCGGACCGACGGGAUACGGUGCAGUUGGAGGUUGCCGCAGAAGAAGCGCACGCUGCUGGGAUAGAGAUGUUCGUAAUCGGCGUAGUGAAUCGCAGCGAUUCAGGUUACGGCCAGUUUCAGAGAGAGAUGAAUUCCAUCGCUUCAGAUCCGGAUGAAGAGCACGUCUACCUUAUCCACGACUUCAUGAACUUGCCCAACUUGGAGAGUGAGAUACUGAGUCGGAUCUGUGAGCCGGACGAUGACUCGGUGCUCAGCUCAAAAGGGAUCAUCAUUUUCCCAGCUGGCAAAGAGCCGGAAGCUCCAGCGGGGUUUAAGACUCCCUCUCCAGAGACACGUGAAAUCGACGACAGGAAGCCGUCAGCGUUCGAAGAGGAUGUGGAUGAUUUUACAGCAGGGAACAGAGUGAGUCUCCAGCCUCCUGCCGUGACUGUGACGAGAUCUCGGCCUCCCACAAACGUCCUGUUUGACCCUGACUUCAGCUCUCCUUCACAGAUUCAACCUCCACCGUUCCAGUCUGGAGCAGCUGUAGACUGUACGGAGCGUCUCGACCCCGGGCCGUGCAGGAACUACGAUGUGAAGUGGUACUACGAUCCUUUAGCUAACGCCUGCGCCCAGUUCUGGUAUGGAGGUUGCCAAGGCAACAGCAACCGCUUCGACACACACCAGAGCUGCAUGGACGCUUGUGUGAAAAGAUUAAAAGUUUUAUCUGGUUGAACAUCAAGAAAGGAAACAUGUCUUCUUAGGUAGUGUAAAUAUUAAUGAACAAAUUGUUACCACUUUUUAUUAGGACAUGCGAGUACAAUGUGGUAAAAAAAAAAUCAAAAAAGUAUUGAUUUUUAUUUUAUAGAUGUGCUUUGCAGUUUAUACAUAAGGAAUAAAACACCCGGGGGUGUUCUGUUAUAGGAAAAUAACCAACAGUAUGGUAGUGUGACACGGCCAUAACAGCACAUAUCAAAGUGUUUUAUUCCUCUUAUCCGACUUUGCCAAACUAACAUUUUUUUUUAUUUAUUAAAGAGCAACACAGCAUAUUUCUAUUCCAUUUACAGUUUACAUUAUGUUGUAGAACAUCCAGAAAAGAGUUGCUCCGUCACCAGACGCUCCUUUUGUCUAUCUCGACGUUAAUAGGACUAAAAAAAAAAUGCUGCUUGUCGUUUUACCAAGAGCCCACCGACUCAAAUCUUAAAGUUACAGCUUUACCUUUGACUGUUACAAAGUGCUGACACUGGAGACUCCUUCCACAAAUACAAACAGGAAGACUCCCACCAUAUCAACAUAUCUACACACAUUUUUUUUUUUUUUUUAUGAUUCUUUGUGGAGCGUCCACCGUACAAGUCCCUUUGCAAGUUGUUACUAUAGAAACGAUAACAUGUUCGAACGAGGGCAUUCUCGAUUCUGAUGAGUCAGAAUGUUUAUAUAGGCUGAUGAAGGUAAACACUAUGGACUAUUUGGUAGAAGGUUACAGUUACAUGAUAGUUUAAUUUCGAGGGCUUGGAAUCAGAUUGCUGCUCAUGAAGAUGAGAAACAUCCCUCAGAAUGUAGUAAAAAUUACAUUACAUAUGAUGCCACUAAAAAUAAGUUAUGAGCAAUGAUUGUUUGCAUUCGUUUUCAGAAUACGGAAUUUAGGAUUGUCAACGUGUCAUGGAUUAAAACUUGAAAUGGCACUGAUCUAAUAACCACGGGUGAUACCAGUAAAAAAAACAUGAAAGGAAAAGUGGAUUGGGAUAUGAGAGGGGGAAAAAAGAACGCCUUUGAUUGGAAUUGGGUUUGGAAAAAGUUUGUUUUAAAUGUUUACAUAUGAAGAGUUUUGAUUUUAGUUUUUUUGUUGUUGUUGUUUUUGUUAGGAUAGACUGCUGUAAAAAACAAACAAACAAACAACAAAAACAAUAGAAACCCUCAUACAAUUUGUAAUGGUUUUUAAUGGUUUUAAUGGAAACUGUAAUGCUCCCUGUGGAUAAUUUGGUAAUCGGUUCCUUUCUAUUUGUGGCAUGUUAUGACUAGUGGAUACCAUUAAGGACCAAUAAUGGUAAUGGUUUUAACGGUUAGAUGAUAGUUGGUCAUGGUAUUUGUAGUGGAAACCUUUAGAAUGACUGUUAUGGUUGCUAUUGUUUUUUUUUGUUUUUUUUUUCAGCACGGGAUUUUUUAAAAUAUAUAUAUUUAUAUUGUGUGAAAGCUGCAGUUUUGUCUACAUUGUGCUUUUACUGCUUUUUAACCCUAGGUUUAAAAAAAAAAUUACGCUUAGUAUAGUUAAAAAAUAGAAAAAAGAAGAAGAAAAAAAGCCGUUUAGGUAUUAUCAACAUCGGCUCAUCCUCAAGGUUUCCGUAUUGUUAUUGUACCUCUAAUCAUAAUUAUUGUUUCUAAUUAUCUUAUUAUAACUGUUUACUAUUUCAUACAAUUAAAAAGAGGCGGUUUUCAGACCAAAAAAAAAGC